GUGAUGAAAAAUCCUUCGUGCAGUUCGAGCAAGCUGGUGCGGACUCGAAUCACGUUCGACGACUUGACGAUCAAGAAAAGAGAGAGAUAUAGAGAAAGAGGAAGGAUUUUAAAUUUUAAGGGGACCAAUAUUCGUGUAUGGAGUUUCAAUCCUCCUCUCCGUCUGCUUCUUUUCGUCUUCCUUUGUCAUCUAGGAAUUAUUUCUUGCAAGAUAGUUUCUGGACAGGACUGGAUUUUAAAUUUAUUUCUUCUGAGUUCAUUGCUGAUAUUGCAUAAAAAAUUCCAGUAGAAUGGGGAAUGCAAAAUCUAGUGGAGCUUCAUCUGCUCGCAACUAUCAUCAACAAGUUCCUUUUCCUGUUGGAAGUUCCUUGAAUUAUGGAAACCAUAAUAAACGACAACCAACAUUUAUAGCUGAUAAUUUCAGCUCUCUUGAUGAGGUUAUUACUGCGCUUAGAGAUGCUGGCCUUGAGUCAUCAAAUUUAAUCCUUGGCAUCGAUUUCACAAAAAGCAAUGAAUGGACAGGAAGACAUUCGUUUAAUAAGAGAUCGCUUCAUGCUAUUGGUGACACACCGAACCCAUAUGAGCAAGCAAUAUCUAUAAUCGGGCGUACGCUGUCCCCUUUUGACGAGGACAACUUGAUACCAUGUUUCGGGUUUGGUGAUGCAUCUACACGUGAUGAAUAUGUCUUCAGCUUUUUUUCGAACCACCGUCCUUGCCAUGGUUUUGAGGAGGCUCUUUCACGCUAUAGAGAGAUUGUUCCACGUCUGACCUUAUCAGGUCCAACCUCAUUUGCACCACUUAUUCUUGCGUCAAUUGAUAUCGUAGAGAGGAGUCAUGGGCAAUAUCAUGUCCUUGUGAUUGUAGCUGACGGUCAAGUUACCAGGAAUCCAGGCUUACCUCGUGGAAGACUCAGUCCACAAGAACAGGCAACUAUAGAUGCUAUUGUUGAAGCUAGUUAUUAUCCUCUUUCAAUUGUUAUGGUUGGCGUGGGUGAUGGACCAUGGGAUGCAAUGAAGCAGUUUGAUGAUUAUGUACCUCAACGGUCAUUUGAUAACUUUCAGUUUGUAAACUUUACAAAGAUUAUGUCCGAGAACAUGGCAAUGUCGAAGAAGGAGGCAGCAUUUGCGCUUGCUGCACUCAUGGAAAUUCCCCUUCAAUAUAGAGCCACACAAGGCCUUAGGCCGAUGGAAAAUUAUGAAAAACGAGUUGGUAGGAGAAAGCCUCUUCCUCCUCCAUGCGAAAUAAUGGAACAUGAUAAUGCAGCAAUUUCACACAGACAUAUGAAAAACGUGCAGUCAACUGAUUACAAUGUUCCAGCAGAGCAGGUAUGCCCUAUUUGCCUGACAAAUCGAAAGGAUCUGGCAUUCAGCUGCGGUCAUAUGACUUGCAGGAUAUGUGGUGCAACAAUAUCAGCAUGCCCUUUGUGCCGGGCGCCCAUAACCACUCGCUUGAAUCUCAGCAAUGAAAACAGUUGGAGGCCAAUAUGACAAUCCAAUUGCUCUCAGUGGAGCACCGAUCAAAUAUGCCAGAGAUAGACCUCGCUGCUGUUAACUUUAGUCGCAAUUGUUUGUCAUGUAAGUAAUGUGUUGCUAUGUGAUGCUUUUGGCUUGCCAAGGGAAAAAGUUGUAGGGGAUUUACAUCUGCCCCUGUAAGUGGGAAUUGAUGAGGAUGUGCAAACACUGAAAGAAAAUAUGGCUUUAACACUAAUAAAUGUGUUUCGUCAUCUUGGAAUUUAUUAUUGUAUCAACGAGCUUCUUAAGAUUGCACA